AUGAUCUGGUGGCUUUUUAAUUGGGGUAUGAAUACAUUUGAUAAGGCUUCUAACAUCAUAUACGUAACUAGUGCAUAAUUCAAAUCUUAAUACUCAUAGGAUUUAGCUGUUUUUGUACUUAUAUUCCAACCUAUAUGCUUAAUGAUUUCUUGGAUAAUUCUAAAUGCUCGCUGUUUAAUUUUACGUAAGAGUUUAUCUAAAAAAUAUAUUGAAUUACUAGCUUAGUACAAAUAUAAUUCAUAAAAGGCAUAAAAUUUAGGUAUCUUCAUUUGUGAAAUAAUAAUGUUUUAUUGCAAACAAAAUUGGAUUCAGCUUUAGCAGAUUUUAGAUUGGAAGAUAUUCAGAGGAAUAUUGUAUGGAAUACUACAAUAUGCUAAUACUCUAGAUAUAUAUUUAUUCUUUGUGAAAAAAGUUAGCUUGCAAGUAACUCCGGCAUACGAAAGGUUUUUUUUGGAUAAUUAUAUCAAUAAGCAAAAUAAGAAAAUUUAAAUAGAAUAUGAUAAUUUGAUAAAUAAGAAUUCUUAAGAAUCAUAAUAACUGCAAAAAUCUAAUACAAUUCUUAAUAAGUAAAAGAGAAAUAAUCACUCUUAAAAUAAAAAAAAUUCUAAAAAAAAUCUGAAAAUUAUAGAAGAAGUAAAUUUAACAUUAAAUAAAAACAAUAAUUCUUCAAUUUAAGUAUUAAAAAAUAAUGAGAGUUCUUUAAAUAAUUAAAAUCUAUUGGAAAUAAGUGCCCUUAAUUCAAAUUAAGAAAAUAAGAUAAGUUAGUAAGAUAAUGUAACAUCAUUAUAAAUUUAAAAUCAAAUUUCUGCUUUAACAAGCAGCUAAAACAAAGAUAAUAAGUAAUAUGAAAGCUCAGAGAAAACAAACGAUAUAAAUUUCAGUUGUAAAAGCGAAUAAUUAAUCAAUAUAGCUUAAAAAUCAGUAAAGAAAAGAAAUAAGGAUAUACAAGAUAUAUCUUCCUCUCUUAGCCAUGAAGACUUACUAGACAUCUAUGGUGGAAAUAAUAAUUAAUUUUCAUUUUUUCAUAGAAUUGUUUAAUUUAUAUUUUCAGAUAAAAUAUAAAGAUUAAAUAUAAUUUCUGGUUUUGUUUUUUUGAUAUUUUAAAAUGUACCUUUCGUUCUCAUUUAAUAUGUUAACAAUAGCUAGUUAGAUUUAUGGGACCAGACUUAAACCCUUUCUAUUAAGCUAAUGUUUUCUAUAACAUGCAUAAAUACUUUUAGAAAUUUAAUUAACUUGCUAAUAUAUUUUUUAGACCGUGAAUUGAAAGAUUUUAUUACUAUGUCAGAUUUGUUGAAUGAGAGAGAGAAAAUUGAGUAGAGAAGUAUUGAAAAAAAUGAUAAACACAAUUAAAAGGAUAUGCUAAACUGUUUAAUUGUGAAUUUAGAUUUGGAUCAAAUGGAGGAAAUUAAAAUUAAUUCUUCAGACAGCUUGAAAAGAUACUCUUCCUUAUAAAGUGAUCUAAUUAACGAACUAAGUGUAGAAAUGAACUUAGCUAAUUUAUAGUCUAUCAAAGACGAGAUCAAGUACUACCUAGACAAGUUUCCAGGCUUAUAAGUUACAAAGCUGAAGAUUGAUCUUUCAGGAAUAAUGUUUAAGAAACUCAGUAUAUUAGAUCGCCUUUUUAAGUAAAAAAAAAAUGAAACUCAAUAAUAAACACUAAAAGAGCUUUUCAUUUGCUGUAAAGGAUGUAAUUCUUAAAAUUUUUAUAACCAUGAAAAUAUUUUCAGAGCUUUAAAAUAAUUGAACAAUUUUUAAAUAGACCUCAGGAAAAAUGAUUUAAAAUUAAAAGAAUAAAUUGAAAUUGCACUUAAAUUUUCAACAGCAGAUGUUGAAACGGAACAGACUUUAAACAUGAAGUUUGAUUAUGUCAAAUGCACUUCAAAUAAAAAAGAAAAAUACAUUGAUAUAAAAUUAGAUUUUCUACACAAAAACAUUACAAAAAAGUUUAGAUAUUUAACAAGCCAGCUUGAAAAGUAUUGCAAUGAUUCUUCAAAGUUCAUUAUAAAUUUUUAGUUUUAUAACAGUUAUGGGAAAAUAUUUUAAUACUUGGAUGAUGAAGCUUAAAAUAAAGAGUAAGAAAAGUAUAUUGAUAAAAUUGUUAUAAAUAUUAUCAUAACAGGAUUCGAAUUAAAAACACUAAUUUAAGAAACAAAUAAAAAAGAUGAAGUUAGGAUUGAAAUGAACACAAAUUAAAAAAACAGAUGCUUGAAUUCCUUAUCUGAAAUAAUGAAUUAGGUUAAAAAGGAAAUGCUAAAUAGAUUUUAUAUUUAAUUAAGUGAUGGAAUGACAUUUACAAAUGAUCUUCAAUAAAUAUAGAAUUUAUAGUAAAUAGGAAUAGAUCUAAAAUGGCUUAAAAAGUAAACGAAUGUAGCUGAUAUUCUUAAUAAAUUUUUACCAUAGUAAUCAAAUAUAGAAUAUUUAACAUUAAACUUUAAGAAUUAGAUGAAUUUAAUUGAAUAAAUAUAGUAAAUUUUCCAUAUAAUUUAGCAAUCAUCAGGCUCUAUAAUGAAAGGAUUAGAUUUAGGUUUAUAAGACUUAUGGCUAGACUAAAAUAAGAAAGAUUUUAUACUCAGUUUAAGAGAUUUAAUAUCAUAAUCUCCUUAGCUUUAAAUUCUAUUGUUGGAUUUAAAAAAUAAUACUAUCAAUAAUGAACAAAUCAAACCAUUAUUAGAAGCUAUAAAAAAUCUGUAAAAAAUAACUGAGCUAAGAUUAGAAUUGAACAAUAACUAAAACCUAGAUGAAACUAUUGUUUGUCUAUUAUCAGAAUCAUGUUUCACAAGCGAGUUAGAAAGCUUAGACCUAAAAAUAAAACCUCAAUUUUAGAUUGAAGGUUAUAGCUAUGAAGUUUUUGGCAGAUUAAUCUAAGCAACAUAAAAAAUGGUUAAGUCGAGCACCAAUCUAGAAUAUUUGACACUUGAUUUUUCUUAAAAUUAGAUAUGCAGUUCUCAAGAUAAUGAUUUUGAUCUCCAAAGUUGGAAAAAUUUUGCAAGCUAAAUUGUAGCUUCAUCACAUUUAUAAGAACUUUGCUUAAUAUUCUAUGAAUGUAAACUUGAGUAGUAAUAUCUUGAUUAAAUUACAGAUGCUCUAAAAUCAGAAUAUCUAAGGGAUUUGUAAGUUCUUAAAUUAAAUUUCGGAUAAGAGUAUUCUAAAAACAGAUAGGAUUUGCUAAAAUAUGACAUUAAAUAUUUACUUUCAGCUAUUUUUUCUUUAGCUUCUAAUGAAACUAACAGUGAAACUGAAAAUAUAUCAAGAUUGAAGGUUUUACAUUUAAAUUUUGAGUCUGGUUUAGAUUCUAAAAAUGACUUUAAUUCUUAUCUUUGUGAUAGCUUUGCUUAAGUGAAAGAUUCAAUUGAAGACUUAUCACUUAAUUUUGCAAAUAAUGAGUCAAGCAUUACAGACAGUCAUAUUUAAGCAAUAUGGAAAUCUAUUUCAAGUCUUAAAAAGUUAAAUAAAUUUAAUUUGAAUAUAAAAAACUGUGCAAUAUCAAGAGAAAGCUUUAAAAAUUUUUCAGAUGCCAUGGAAAAUUUAUCCACUUCUCUAACUUAAAUUACUAUCCUUUAUGAUAGAAAUAACACUAAAUAUUUUAGAGGUAAAGAAAAGGUUAGGGAAUUAUAAGAUGGGCUUGUGAACUUAAAAGAUUUGAAAAAAUUAAAACUGCAUUCUAUAAAAGAUUAAGAUACAUCAAAAGUAGUGAUUACUUCAUUAUCAUAAAAUAAAACCUUUAUUCCAUGUUUAAAGUUCUUGAACAUCAAAUAUAAGUGGCAAGUUAUAAAAACAAUUAAUGUUAUUGAACUUUUACAACAUCACAAUAAUUUAGUUAACCUUGAUUUGCAGAUCGUAGAUUUCCUGAGUGAAAAAUCUUUGGAACCAUAUAUGAAUAGCAUUUCUUUGAUGAAAAUGUUGGAAAGCUUGAAAAUUUAAAUCCAUUUUGCAAGAUAAUAAAAUUAUAAGGAUGAUCAAAAAGCAAACAAAUAAAAUGAAUCAAAGAAUUAAAUAGCUUAAAUACCCUUAAAGAUGAUAGAAUAAGGAGCUUCCAUUUUUAGCAUGCCCUUUUCUUUGGAUGAUAAUAUGACAUUUAUUACAGAAAAUAUAUCGAAUUUAAAAAAACUCAAUCAUUUAGAUUUGUUUUUCAGGUUUUCUUCUUUUAAUGACUUCGAUGAUUUAUUUAAAACUCUUUCAGAUAUGCACUCUUUAAGAGUUUUGAGAUUAGCCAUUCAGGAAAAUAGGAAAAAAAUUAAAUUCUAAUAGUUAACUUAUUUCAGCAAAUUGUUAGUACAAAGCUUUUCGCUUUCUUUGUAAAAGAGUAUUGAGAAUUAGAAUUAAAUAUUCCCUAAAAUUCUGAACUUAAAGAAUCUUAAAAAAUUCUAUUAUGACUUAGGAAAUGGUUAUCAUAGAGAUUAAGAAUGUUGUGAUUUCAUUUUGAAGAUGAAAGAAAAAAAUAUUGUUUUCAAGCAGUGGAGUUGGGAAUGUGACAAAGAUUAAAUUAAGAGAAGUGAGCAACCUUAUUGGCUUCUCUUGGAAUAAAUUAACGCAAGAAAAAUGUCUCCUUAAAUUAUAGCAAAUUAAAAAACUAAUACUCCUAUUACUAAUUGCAAUAUUAUUGAUAUAAAAUAAAGCUAAAAAGAAGAUAUCAAAAAAUGA